AUGUUGAGUCGCUCCCUUGCAGUCAUGGACGACACGGCAGAGUGGAACGCCCUUCCGGCCGACGAGCAGCGCUCCGUCUGGCACGAGACGGAGCACAACUUUUGGCAAGGCUUCGAGCAAGAGCAGGAGACGUUGCGUGUUGCCGCCGAAAUCGAGUACUCCAAGGCAACUCUGGACAUCAAGGUCGAACUGGGAACCCUAUCAGGCAAGCGCACACAGCUCGAUGAGCUGCGAGGCCGACUUUCCAAGGAGCUGGCCUCGGUCGAGGAGGAGCUCGCCCGCAUUGCCGAGGCUUGCGACAACAGGGCUACCAGACUGGUCGCCAUGGAGCAGGACUAUCGCAAGAGUGAGCAGAAAAGGCUCGAGUCGCGCGAUAAGGUCGUCAAGACCAUGGAGACCUUCUUCCACUUCAAACGCGGUCAUGGCCCCAACCCCGACCUGAAGCCGAGCCAUGAACAAAUGCCGGUCCGCAAUGCCCUCGCCAUCGCCACCGCGCCGCAGCCGCCUCCCGCAGACGAGCGCCCCCUUCGCCAUGCCCUCCCCAUCAAGGGCCCGCGGCCCCCCAGCACCCCAUCGACCCCCACCCCGGUCGCGCCCAGACCUGCCAUGGGACAGGACCAGUCUGCCGACGUGCUUGUCGACGUCGUCGACGCUGAUGGUAACGUCAUUGGGCCUGUCCGGAGGAUUGAGCCGUGGAACCAAUGGGUCAAAGAGAUCCAGGACAUGCCCAUCAAGCGAGCCGUCAAGAUUCGACGUGGGCGCAAGUUCAACCAGGACCACCUCGCCACCAUUUACGACCGCUCCGAGGGCAAAGGCGUCAAGUUUGUGUCGAGCAUGAUCCAGGCCACUGGCGAGAUCCAAGCCCAGCGGUGCCAUUCGUGUGACAAGAACCAGGGCGCCUUCGACGACUGCAUCAUCCUUGGCGGUCCCCUCUUCCAGAAAUGCGGAAACUGCGAGUGGAAUCGCCAGGGCUGCCACAUGCCCCUCGUCACCAAGUCCAACAACGCGGGAACGCCGCUCCAGGGCCGACCUUUCAAGAAGCCCCUCGAGCUGGAUACACCGCCUGCUCUCCUCUCCGACCCCGAGGGCGCAGCCAGGGAGGCCCUCUUUCGGACCGCUGGGAUUGCCAAGGCGGCCAUGGAUUCGGCACGAGCCCCCCAGGAGAUGGACACGGUAGAGCUCGCUCCGCCGACGCACAAGAGCCCCAAUGGACAGGAGCCGGUGCAGAUGCUGACGCCCCAGGAGCCCAAGGAACAGUCCUUUGCCAAUUCCGCCUAUACCGCCGUUCCAGCCUUCGCGCCCGUCAACGCCAUUGCUGCGUCCAGCGGAUUCACCCCGGCCAAUGUCCGCAGCAGGCCCCCGUCGCGAGACAUCCCCACGCCCUCGGCUGCCUCGGCCGAGGGCUCCCCUCGACCUACGCCGCAGGCGAGCUCGGAGCCGCUCGAGGAGAUUACCCGUGAGAACCUGGUGCUGAGGCACAACGGCGUCGUCUACACCCAUCCGGAGAUCGUGGAGGGUGUCCCGGUCGCCAAGAUUGACCAGAGCCAUCCGUACUGGGAGCUUGGAUGGCCCUGCAUCAAGUCGCUGGUGGAGCCGCAGCUCGAAUCAUGGCGCGAGAAGAAUGCCGCCGCCCUGCAAGCCACGGCCCGAGGUGAGGGCGGCUCUGCCAAGUUCCAGACUGGCCGGCAGGUCAACCGCGGAAUCCGGAUCCUCGAGUUCUUGGAAACCGGCGAGAUCAGCCCGUAUCAGCUCCUGGCGAAACGAUUCACCCACACGGGCAAGGGCGCCAUCACCUCGUACGACACGCUCUUCCGCCUCUGCGAGUCUCUUUCCGAGCUGGCCAAGUAUAACCUCAGCGUCACCGCCAUCGAAUGGCUCCGCCACCGCCUGCACGAGAUCAUGAUGGAAAAGGGCCCCAACUUCAACGUCUCCAAGACGAUCCACGAUUUUUACCACGAUCCCAAGCUCACGGCGCUUAGGGCCAAGAACGGCUAUAAGAGCAUCGGCCGGCCAUCUGGGUAUAAGACGGGCCAGACCAAUGGCACCCCCCAGGGCUCGUCCAAGAAGCGCAAGGACACGCAUUCGCAGGCCAGCACCCCGCGCGAGACGCCGCCUGCCGGGCCCUCUCCCUUGGCCGCAGACGACGGCCAGCCGUCGCCGACGUCGACACAGAGAUCGCCCGGCGACUCCGAAUCCCCUUUCGAAGGUCGUCUGCACAAGCGUCCUAAGCAUGUCUCGCCUGCGCCGGAGGCGGUCCGUGAAGAGUCUGUUGCCGCCGCCGAUUACUCCGAGACUGACUCCUGGAGCGGAGCCCCCCUGGCCAGGCAAGACUGGCGCCUCUACCAGGUCAAGACUAGGUUGUUUACGAGCUCGACCGAGGUGACGCAGUAUUGGAACUGGAAGGAAAAGGAGCGGCUGUUUGAGCACCAGGUCCUCAAGGACACGGACCCGGUCACCUGGGGAGUCCACAGGGAUCCCAUCGACUUCACCAUCCGGCUCGAUGACAUUGUCGAGGUGAGGUGGAACGUCGACGCCCUGCAGUUGCAUCUGGUGAUGAGCAACCAUGGCGCGGCAAAAGCCAAGCAGGACGGGAUGCCUAGAGGGGACGUGAUGGCAGCAUUCAAGCGAGAGCGAACGAUUCGACGAUUUCUCGACUUUUGCCGCGACAGGAAGCUCCGGACGGUUGAGGUGACUGCGGACGAAAUGGACAUUCGUUGGGGCGAGAUGCAAUCCGAACGCUUGCCCAAGAGGGAUGACGAGGCCAGCGAGUUGCUGAAGGAAUAG